AUGCGAAAACAUCUUCAACACUAUGGUUAUUUUACCGGUCGAAGUGAAAUCGUAAAAAAAUAUGGCUUUGUUCCAUCAAAAUCUCAACUUAUAUCAUCAUCGAGUGACUCUGAAUCGAGUUCUGGUGAUGAAGAACAAGCAAAAUAUAAAGGCAAACCAUUUAUUCCGGAUCGAAGAAUACCUGUUCGACAAACCCGUAUUUCUUAUUUAACCUUACGAGGUCAAAACGAUGAAGGUUCAUUUGAGCCACGAUGGCCUAUUGAAAUUGAAGUUUUAGCUGAAGGACGUGUUAAACAUAUUAAUGCACCACCAAAACAACCAGAACUUUUUUAUAAACCAACUACUGGUCAUAUGCCAUUUGUUCGGAGCUAUGAUGAGAAUAAUGGUCGUAUUGUAUUUAGUUACACUCCAGAAACAUGUGGUUAUUUUGUUCGAUCUCGAAUUGGCGGUAAUAGAGAAGGUUGUAGACCAGCAGCUGUACCUAUUCGAAAUUCUGAAGAUACAACUGUGUUAUUUGAAUCUCGUUUUGAAAGUGGAAAUUUGAUGAAAGCUGUUCAAGUUGGUGAAUUUGAAUAUGAACUCUAUCUUCGAUAUGAUCUUUAUACAAAACGUAAUACACAAUGGUUUUAUUUUCGUUUACAAAAUAUUCGAGCCAAUAAAAGAUAUCGUUUCACUAUUGUUAAUUUUUUCAAACCUACAAGUCUUUACAGUAGUGGGAUGAAGCCUUUGAUGUAUAGUGUAAAUGAUGCAGAAAAUAAAGGCAUUGGUUGGCGACGAUGGGGUGAAGAAAUAGUCUAUUAUAGAAAUAAUCUGCCUACACCUGAUAAUCCCUCAUCAAAUAUGUAUUCACUUACUUGGACAUGUAAAUUUCCAAAUGAUAAUGAUACAUAUUAUUUUGCUCAUUGCUAUCCAUAUACAUAUUCUGAUUUACAAGAUUAUUUAAAUGAUAUUCAAAUUGAUCAUGUAAAAAGUCAAUAUUGUAAACAAAAAGUUCUUUGUCGGACAUUAGCUGGUAAUUUUGUUUAUUUGCUAACAAUAACAAGUCCAACAAUAACAUUGAAUUCUACAAAUGCAUCUACAUCACCUGAACAACAAAUAAAAAAAGGUGUCGUUGUUACAGCACGUGUUCAUCCUGGUGAAACAAAUGCAUCUUGGAUGAUGAAAGGAUUAUUAGAUUUUUUACUUGGUGAUUCAGCUGAUGCAAAACUUCUUCGAGAUAAUUUUAUUUUUAAAAUUAUUCCAAUGCUUAAUCCUGAUGGUGUCAUUGUUGGUAAUUAUCGUUGUUCAUUAUCGGGACGAGAUUUAAAUCGAAAUUAUAAAACAAUAUUGAAAGAUGCUUAUCCAUCUAUUUGGCAUACAAGAGAAAUGAUCAAAAGAUUUAUGAAUGAAACAGAACUUCUUCUUUAUUGUGAUUUUCAUGGACAUUCAAGAAAGCAAAAUGUUUUUAUUUAUGGUUGUGAAAAUAAACAUCUACCAAAUGAACGAUUAAAAGAAAGAAUUUUUCCAGCAAUGUUAUCAAAAAAUGAUCCAACUAAAUUCUCAUAUUAUUCAUGUAAAUUUAAAGUACAAAAAAAUAAAGAAGGAACUGGACGUGUAGUGAUGUGGGCAAUGGGUAUUUUGAAUAGUUAUACAUUAGAGGCUACGUUUUGUGGAUCAACACUACAGGAUCGAGCUGGUCAUCAAUUUACUACAGAAGAUCUCGAAUCUAUCGGUUAUCAUUUUCUCGAUUCUUUACUUGAUUAUUGUGACCCAGAUCAUAGUAAACGUAAUCGAAUAUUGAAUGAACUAGAAGAUAAUUUACGACAUACAAUUCAAAUGAAACUUCUUUCACGAGGUAUUAAUGCAACAUCAUUAGAUGAUAUUGAUCUAGAUCAAUGGUCAUCUUCCGAUGAAUCAAGUGAUGAUGGAGGAUCGGAUUCAUCAAUUGAUGACGGUCUACCAAAACAUUUAGAAGUUAUUGCUGCUGCUAAAGUUCGAUUGAAAAAAACUCGAAAGAAAAAGUCAACUACAAAAAUAUCAAAAGAAUCAAAAAGAAAAGAUGAAAUUGACAAAGAAAAUAUUGACAAGGUUGAUGAUACACGUAAACCAACACCACCGGUGAUACAACGAGCUGAUACUAAUACUGAUUCCGUACGAUAUGAUGGAACAAAUGACACGAAUAAUCGAUCAAGUCGAUGGCCAGUAUUAUCAAGAACAAAUAAUGUAACCAAUCGAAUGACACCAUCUGAUGAAAAAACACAACGAUCACAGGCUGAAUAUUACAAAAUUUUAACUCGUGAUGUAACGCUUAACAAACGAGAAAAACGUCAAUUAUCUCAACAGCUUUCAGAUGAUGAUAUCCUACUAACAUCUUCUUCUCUUUUUCAAUCACAGCAAUCAUCAACAAAAAAUGCAUAUGAGCCAGGUAUUGAACGUGAAUCAGUUGCAAAUGCAACUAGUCUUUCAACAACUAUGUAUCCAUUAUUAGCAUCAAGUUCUCGUAUUGAUGAAGAUAAUUCUGUUGAAGUAGUUAUUGAUAAUGAAGGUGAAUUAGAUGUAAGUCGAGUAACAGCGGGAAAUCAAAGUGAUGAUGGACGACAACAACUUGCUAAUUUUGUCACUAAUCGAGUUUCUACGCAGUGUGCUCCUCGAUCUCAAGUACGACCAAAAUCAUCAACUAUAAUUAAUAUACAAAAUCGUUCUAUUCUCGAUAUACGAGCAAUACAACCACCAAUACAAACAUCAAAUCCAAAACGUAUUACUGAACAAUAUCAGCAACAACGCCAACGAGUGACAACGGGUACUGGUAAACAAAGUUCUAUUGAAUUAGCUGAUAAACCAAAUAUUUUAACAACUCGUUCCUUAGCAAUAACACUGAACGACAGAACAGCAGAUGAUACAUCAUCUAAUCAAGAAAAUUCAUCAUCAACCAUUGACAGACGUAUUCCAAUACGACCAGAUAAUAUACCAAUUAAUCUUAUUUCUCGUUAUGAAACAGCGACAUUGAGUCACUUAUCAUUAAAUAGAAUACAGACAAUCAGGGCAUCAAGUGUGAAAAAAUCAUCCAAGUGA